ACUGUGUAGAGUCAUUUUCGUGAGUCGGAUGAGUUACUGAGCCUUGCUUCACUACUUUAUUACUUUAUCUGCAUGUUGUUUAAUUUGAACUCUCUAAAAAGAGAUUUUUUCUUUUGACGCUAUGGUGCUGCUCAAAGGGCUUGUCAUGUUAAAUAGAUUUUUAACUCCGAAGAAGAUUUUCACGCAAGCAAGGUUCUUUGGAAAUGGAACAAACACUUUAUACCAGUGUAGUCAGGCCGGAUUCUUCCCACCUCUUGAAGGUGUAAUGCUUCUCCCUGGAACUUUCAAAAACAAAGUGGCCUUCAUCACUGGAGGAGGCACAGGGCUCGGAAAAGGCAUGACCACUACUCUCUCUUCUCUGGGAGCACAGUGUGUGAUAGCCAGCAGAAAACUGGACGUUUUAAAGAAAACCGCUGAGGAAAUCUCUCAACAGACAGGAAACAAGGUCCAUGCUGUCCAGUGUGAUGUGAGGGACCCUGCCUCAGUGGAGGCUGCUGUUAACCAGCUUGUCAGUGAUGUUGGUCUGCCUGAUGUGGUGAUAAACAAUGCUGCAGGAAAUUUCAUCUCUCCCUCUGAGAAGCUCUCCCCCAAUGCAUGGAAAACCAUUACAGACAUCGUGUUGAACGGCACUGCCUAUGUCACACUGGACAUCGGAAAGCGUCUCAUCAAAGCUGAGAAAGGUGCUGCGUUUCUGGCCAUCACCACAAUCUACGCUGAAAGUGGCUCUGGAUUUGUUGUGCCGAGCGCUGCAGCUAAAUCUGGAGUAGAGACUUUGUGCAAGUCUCUUGCAGCAGAGUGGGGCAGAUACGGCAUAAGAUUUAACGUUAUUCAGCCGGGACCAAUCAAAACCAAGGGAGCAUUUAGCAGGCUGGAUCCCACUGGCAUGUUCGAGAAGUCGAUGAUCAAUAGAAUACCCACGGGUCGUCUGGGCACUCCAGGAGAGAUCGCCAACCUUGCUGCCUACCUCUGCAGUGAUUACGCCAGCUGGGUGUCAGGCGCGGUCAUCAGAAUGGAUGGGGGUGAAUAUGUCUCUAUGGCUGGAGAGUUUAAUGAUCUGAAAAAGGUCACAAAGGAGCAGUGGGCCAUGUUGGAGUCAAUGAUCAGAAGCACAAAGGGAUCGUAAACCCUCUGAAACAGCAUUAAUAGGCAACUAAUCACAGUCCUAAUCUCAAUCUCCAUGGCAACCAUUUGAAAUAUGAUAACACAUCUCAUUCAUACAGUAGAUCAUAUUAUACUUUGGGACUUAAGACAUUGCCUUAACAUGAAUUUCUACCUGACUCUAGGUUUUGUCCUGCCAUAUAUGAAAUCCAACAACACCUGUAUCGACUUGAGUUUUAAUAUCUGUGUGCGUGUUGUAAGAAAUUGAUGGUUUGUACAUCUGAAGCCAUAAUUAAUUAUACAUUUGCGCACUUUAAUAUUAGUAGUCCUUGAUAAGCUCUGAUUUUUGGGCCAUAGCUGCCUUAAAGCACCAUUGUAUUUAUACAUUCAUAGCCUACAGUACAUGUUUUCGUUAUCAUUUUUAUACAUCAACCAAAAGGUUUUUGAUUUCCAUACCUGUUUCAAGGGAUUCAGCCUUCAAAGUAUCCAGGCCGACCUAUUCUCAUCUUUGUGACCUUUUUUGUACUUUUUGUGAUCUUUUUGUACUUUUAGUGAAAUAUUAUUUAGAGAAGAAAUUCAGUAUAAAUUAUGGGAAAUGGGAUGUAAGUGGUUUUGUUUUUUUAAAUAUGUAAUGUGAUCUAUAAAAAAGUAACUAUAGUCCGAUUACAAGUACUUUGUUUUUGUAAUCUGAUUACGUAAUUAUUAAAUGUAAUCAGUUACUACCCAGCACUGCAAUCACCCUUGAGUGUUUCGAUUCAAUAGACAAAAUUGCUUAGCAUAAAAUCAUUCCCUCCCAAAUAGACUGUUGAAAUUCUAAAAAUCAUAUGCAUUUUGAAUGUCAAAAUUCACAUCUCUUUAAAAACAUUGACAAAUGGUACACAUAAAAGUUUUCUAAUUUCUAGCCAGAAAAUAGGCUCAGCUUUUGAGUAUGUGUCUGUUUGUUCACAAUGACACAGGUUUUAUGUCUUCCAGACUCCCAGACAAAAUGUGAGUGUCCACCUUUGGAAGGUCAGUUAUUCAAUUAUAAGAUAAGAUCGAUGGUGCAGAUAAUUCUACUUAAAUACUGCAUUCUUUUUCAAAAGUUCCCCAACAUCAGUUACAUGUUCAUGCACUGUUUAAAGUCCUGAAAUGAAAUUUAGUAUAGUUUUAUUUACUUAAACUAACAGAAUGCGUGUAAUGACACAUGAUGGUGCAUCUGAUCCAAGUGAAAUAAAUUGCUUACAGAGGAUAUUAAUUUGAACUGAUCUGUAGAGAAAUAAGAGGCAGGAGCACUGGAUUUGAUAGUCAUUCAAUAAGUUUAAUAUCUUCUUACACACCGUCUGUGUUCAGCAUAGAGGAGCAUGUCAUUCUUUACAGUGCAAAAUUAAGUUGAUCUAACAUCAGAGACAGGGCUGGGGCGAUGCAUUACAAUCAGCAUGUGCUUACAGUCACACCAGCAGGUGCCUGUCUUCAUCUAAAAACAUGCAUUGCAAAAGUAAAUGUAGCCUUUUGGAGUUUUAUAUAGUUUCCACCAACAGGCCAUGUUUCAUUGGCAUUCCUUGAGGUCAUUAUUGCUUUUUGUCUAUGAUAUCGAGAUUAUUCACUGAAUAGACAUUGGCAAUAAAUAUAUUUUGGAUAUUGAAA